CGGCGGGAGGUGGCCGGUCGGCUCCGGGCCUCGUAGCCGCAGCCCCCGGCCCAGCGAGCCUUUGCGCGGCGGCUCCUGGCCGAGCCGCCCGCCCGCCUGGGGGCCUCGCGGGCGGGAGAGCGGAAAACUCCCGACUUCCUGAGUUUUAAAGUUCCUCUUGCUUCGGACGAUGGAUGAGCAAUCUCAAGGAAUGCAAGGGCAGCCUGUUCCUCAGUUCCAGCCGCAGAAGGCCUUACGACCGGAUAUGGGCUAUAAUACAUUAGCCAACUUUCGGAUAGAAAAGAAAAUUGGUCGUGGACAAUUUAGUGAAGUUUAUAGAGCAGCCUGUCUCUUGGAUGGAGUACCAGUGGCUUUAAAAAAAGUGCAGAUAUUUGAUUUAAUGGAUGCCAAAGCACGUGCUGAUUGCAUCAAGGAAAUAGAUCUCCUUAAGCAACUCAACCAUCCAAAUGUGAUUAAAUAUUAUGCAUCAUUCAUCGAAGAUAAUGAACUAAACAUAGUUUUGGAAUUAGCAGAUGCUGGUGAUCUAUCCAGAAUGAUAAAGCAUUUUAAGAAGCAAAAGAGGCUAAUUCCUGAAAGGACUGUUUGGAAGUACUUUGUUCAGCUCUGCAGUGCAUUGGAACACAUGCAUUCUCGGAGAGUCAUGCACAGAGACAUAAAACCAGCCAAUGUGUUCAUCACGGCCACUGGGGUGGUGAAACUGGGAGACCUCGGCCUUGGCCGGUUCUUCAGCUCCAAAACCACAGCUGCGCAUUCUUUAGUGGGCACACCUUAUUACAUGUCUCCAGAGAGAAUACAUGAAAAUGGAUACAACUUCAAAUCUGACAUCUGGUCUCUUGGCUGUCUGCUGUAUGAGAUGGCCGCGUUGCAGAGCCCUUUCUACGGUGACAAAAUGAAUCUCUACUCGCUGUGCAAGAAGAUAGAACAGUGUGACUACCCUCCUCUUCCUUCAGAUCACUACUCGGAGGAACUACGACAGCUAGUUAACAUGUGCAUCAACCCAGAUCCGGAGAAGCGACCAGACGUCACCUACGUCUACGACGUGGCCAAGAGGAUGCACGCGUGCACAGCCGGCAGCUAAAUGUGUGCAAGAUCAUGAAGAACAUGAUAAAAACAGUUUAAAGUAUUUCUGUGCAGAUCAUACCUCCCCGUUUGUGUCUGGGUGUUAGGAUGAAUAUUUCAGAGCUCAUGUGCUUUGAAUCCUUAACCAGUUUUCACAUAAGCUUCAUUUUGUACCAGUCCAAACCACCUUCUUGCAAAGCCCAAAUGACUCUGGAAUAAUCAAAUUGCAUGUUAGGAGAAUAAAUGCAACACGAUGGUUUUUAAUGGCUAAAGGUGUUUAGAAUUAUUUAGCAUUUUGUGCUGAUAGAUUGUGUUCCGGUGGACUGUUAGUGCCAAAUACUGAAGGUGCAGCGUGGCACACACACCAGGACAGACUCAAAACCUGGGGAAAGGUAUCUGAACAUGUCACUUGUUUGUUUUUUAGUAAUUUAUGGACAUUGAGAUGAACACAAUUGUGAACUUUUAUGAUUAUUUUAUUUUUAAAAAGUUUGAAGUAUGUGUUUUAGCUUUUAGCUUUAUAGUUUCAAAUAUAAUUCUUAUAAUAAAUGUAGACAUCAGCUAUUUGAGGAACAUUUAAAAUUCUUAGUUUGCAACUAUUAAAUGUGAAAAGAUUUGGGGACAAAAUGUGAGUCAGACACUGAAGAGUUUUUUGUUUUAGUAUCUUUGGUAUUGUCUUUGCAUUGAAAUGGUAUAAAUGAAUCCAUUUAAAAAGUGGUUAAGGAUUUUUUUGGCUGGUGUGAUAGUAAUUUUUAAAGUUGCACAUUGCCCAAGGCUUCUCUGUGUGUUUUUAUUAUUGUUUGUACAUUUGAAAAACAUUCUUUGAAUAACCUUGCAGUACUAUAUUUCAAUUUCUUUAUAAAUUUAAGUGCAUUUUAACUCAUAGUUGUACACUAUACUGUAAGCAUGUAUUUUUAUUCAUAGAUUUUAUGGAAGUUCUGAUUGGUCCCCUUCAGAAAUUUUUUUAUAUUCAAAUUACUUUCUUAUUUAUAUUGUAUGUGCAUUUUAUCCAUUAAUGUUUCAUAUUUAUGAGAGCAUAAUCCUCUUUUAAAAGAUACUUGGUAUACCAACACUUUUCCUGGAUUGAAAACAUUUUUUUAAACUUUUUAAAACAUGGGCCUCCCUGUCCGCAUGUGUCUGGUCUUGUUCACGAGGAGGAAAGGAUGUGUGUUGUGCUGCACCUGCGAAUGUUGAUACAGUGUCAGCUCUCUGGCGAGGUUGUACUUCUAGGACAUGUGUUAUGAAAUGCAAACUGGCCCUUACUGCAGCCAGGAUUGUUACGAGAUUAACAUUUCUGAGAAGCUUUUGAGCAAAGUCCUGUUUUUGUGCACGAAGAUGACCGAGAUGGUCACGCUUCAUUUCGUUUAGGGCCGUGGGCAGAGUCUGGCAAGUGCUGUCGUGCAGACGAGGUUCCCGAACGCCUUCCUAUCGGUGGUGGCCCGGUCCGCACAGACUGGUGACGUCAGAAAGCCAAAGGCUGUCACCGUGAAAGGACACGGUGCCACUACGAGACCUUGGGAGGGGGAUCGUCCUGCCAACGUGGAAACCUCGUGUUGACAGCACACCCCCCCUUAGCCCACGGAACUGCCCGUUUUGUUCUUCAUACACUCAUUCGAAUACUUUCAUUUGUAAAUUUUAAAAAUGUAUAAAGGACAAAAAGUAUCAACUCCUGUUUUUCAAGAUUUACUCAGUUACAUAUGGUAUCUGAAGGGUAAUUUUAUUUUGGAAUAGACAAAGGAAAUCUGGUUGUUUGUUUGUUACGAGGGAUGAAUGCAUCGUUUCUCCCAGAUUCCAGUGAUUUUUAACAUUUAUACUAAUCAUCCAUAGAUUUGUCUCCAGAAAUAUGAGAAUUAUUUCUGUUGACCAUUAAUGUCAUGUUCUUUUUGACGGAAUAUAAUUGAUUAGGUGAAAUGUUCUCUGGUCGGAACAGACACUCUUUUUCCUGCAAUCUUAAAGAAUACAUGGAUCUAACGUUCAUUAGCUUGACCCCUCACACCGACUUUUAAGUAAAGAUUUAAGCUUUUCUUUUCAGAGAAUAUCCGCUAGAAGGAAAUCGCUCGGAGGAAUUUAAUGAUCAGGGAAAUCAUUAUUUUUUACCGGUGGAAACCUUUUUGUUUGGGAUAUUGCAUCUUUCUUAAUCUAAGUGCUCAUAUUUUUCCUGAAGAAAACCACUGUGUAGAAAACAAAUUUUAACUCUGAAUGGGAUCAUUUCAAAAAAAUUAUGAAGAUGAUUAGAAGUUCUAGUUUUUAUAAUCACCUACAAGAUGUUCUCUUUAUUUCUGUUUAUAAGGAAACUUUAUAUUAAGUUAAACAUUUGAACUGAUUGGAGAAGCAGUAGGCUAAAAAGACAUAUCUGAUUCUAAACCUUAUUUAGACAUUUGGUACCUGUUACCCAGGGAAAACGUGGGAUAACUGUUUUGUGUGGUGAGGUUUAGAGACGGUGGAUGAAGGUGUCUCUGUAUAAAGUGCUCGACAGUGUGCAAUGAUUGUAAAUUUAGCAAGAUACGACAGCCAUUUCAUGAAUGCUUUACCAUUCUACAUAGUGUCUGUUACAACACACCUCUCUCCUAUCCGCAUACUUCAGGUGUUGCUGUUAGCAUUUACCAUGAUAUUUAUUUUAACCAAAAUGUUAUUCACAUUAAAUGUUAAUUCUUUAAAAUGAAUGUAUUAUGUUUAUAACCCACAAAUGCAUAAUUGCCCUGUGCCUCAUAUUUCAAUAGUACUGUAAUAUGGACAUCUUUUGUGAAAUACUUUUAUUUUGUUAUGCUUUCAAUACACAUACAAAAAAUAUUCUGUUAUUAGCUUUGAAAAUUGUACAAAUCCUAAUAUAAAUAAAAAUAUAAAAAUAAAAAAUGAGUAUAGUAAAA